AUGUUUGUGUACAAGCGUGAUAAUCGCAAGGAGCGUGUGCAAUUCGACAAGAUUACAGCUCGUGUCUCCCGUCUUUGUUAUGGGCUUGACUCCGAGCAUGUUGACGCCGCCGCCAUCACCCAGAAGGUCAUCUCUGGCGUAUAUCAGGGUGUCACGACCAUUGAAUUAGACAACUUGGCUGCCGAAACAGCGGCUUACAUGACCGUCAAGCAUCCCGACUAUGCCAUCCUCGCUGCACGCAUUGCAGUCUCCAAUCUGCAUAAGCAGACGAAGAAACAAUUUUCCUAUGUCAUCGAAGACCUUUACCACUACAUCAAUCCCAAGAACGACAAGCCCGCAGCCAUGAUCUCACCAAAGACUUACGAUACUGUCAUGAAGCAUGCUGAAGAGCUCAAUUCUGCCAUUGUCUAUGAUCGUGACUUCAACUAUCAAUACUUUGGUUUCAAAACUCUUGAAAGAUCAUACCUCCUACGAUUAGAUGGGAAGGUGGCCGAACGGCCUCAGCAUAUGAUCAUGCGAGUAGCAGUUGGGAUACACGACGAUAAUAUCGAAAAAGUCAUUGAGACAUACAACUUGAUGUCACAAAAAUUCUUCACACAUGCCUCACCGACCCUUUUCAACGCAGGCACUCCCCAGCCACAACUAUCGUCUUGCUUCUUGGUCGAUAUGAAAGAGGAUAGCAUCGAUGGCAUAUAUGACACACUCAAGACAUGUGCAUUGAUCUCAAAGACCGCUGGCGGUAUUGGUUUCAACAUUCACCGUAUUCGUGCAACUGGAUCCUACAUCAGUGGCACAAAUGGCACGUCCAAUGGUAUAGUUCCGUUACUCCGUGUCUUCAACAAUACCGCUAGAUAUGUUGAUCAAGGUGGUAACAAGCGACCAGGUGCAUUUGCUGUGUAUUUAGAACCAUGGCAUGCCGAUGUGUUUGAAUUCUUGGACCUACGCAAGAACCAUGGCAAAGAGGAGGUACGCGCCAGGGACUUAUUUUAUGCUUUGUGGAUACCAGAUCUAUUCAUGAAGCGAGUCGAGCAAAACGGGGAUUGGACAUUGAUGUGCCCGAAUGAAGCACCAGGUCUCGCAGAUGUAUAUGGUGACGAGUUUGAGGCACUUUACGAAAAAUACGAGAGGAUGGGCAGAGGCAGAAAGACCAUCAAAGCUCAGAAGCUUUGGUAUUCGAUCAUUGAGGCUCAAACGGAGACAGGCAAUCCCUUCAUGCUUUAUAAAGAUGCUGCCAACCGAAAGAGCAACCAAAAGAACUUGGGCACUAUCCGGAGCUCAAAUCUCUGCACAGAAAUCAUCGAGUACUCUGCACCUGACGAGGUCGCUGUCUGCAAUCUAGCCUCGCUUGCUCUGCCCAGCUUUGUUGACGCUGUCAAUGGUGUUUACGACUUCCAGAAACUACACGAAGUCACGCAAGUUGUCACACGCAAUUUGAACAAAAUCAUCGAGGUCAACCACUACCCAGUCGAAGAGGCACGGCGAAGCAAUUUCCGGCAUCGACCCAUUGGUCUUGGUGUACAAGGUCUAGCCGAUGCAUUCCUUGCCCUUCGCCUCGCCUUCGAUUCCCCCGAAGCUCGUCUCCUUAACAAGCAAAUUUUCGAAACAAUCUAUCACGCUGGUCUGACCUCAUCCUGUGACAUUGCAAAAGAACUUGGUCCUUACGCUACAUACGAAGGCUCACCCAUCUCCCAAGGCAUUCUCCAACAAGACAUGUGGGAUGUCGUGCCCACGGAUCUAUGGGAUUGGUCGUCUCUCCGCUCUAAAAUCGCCCAACAUGGCGUGCGCAACAGUCUUCUUGUCGCUCCCAUGCCCACGGCCAGUACAUCCCAAAUCCUCGGUAACAACGAGUGCUUCGAACCUUACACUUCCAAUAUUUAUUCUCGUCGUGUCUUAGCCGGGGAAUUUCAGGUUGUGAAUCCCUGGCUCCUAAAAGAUCUUGUCGACAUGGGUCUCUGGUCUGAUAACAUGAAAAAUCGCAUCAUCGCUAACGAUGGCUCCAUCCAAAACAUUCCCAACAUUCCCGCCGACUUAAAAUUGCUUUAUAAGACAGUUUGGGAAAUCUCACAGCGACAGAUUAUUCAAAUGGCAGCAGAUCGUGGCGCUUUCAUCGAUCAGAGCCAGAGUUUGAAUAUCCAUUUGAAGGAUCCAACCAUGGGAAAGAUCACGAGCAUGCAUUUUGCUGGUUGGAAGAUGGGGCUCAAGACUGGGAUGUACUACCUAAGAACCCAGGCUGCGUCCGCACCUAUCCAGUUCACAGUCGAUCAGGAACAAUUGAAAGUCGUGGACACGAAUGUAGCGAGAGUAGGAGGUGGGUUCAGGAGUAAGCGCCCAAGUAGUGGCCAUGCGAGUUCACACACCGCCGUUCCCAGGCCUGUGUCCAAAGGUGUGGUGGAGAACGGGCUGCCCACGCCAGCGCAUACUCCAGAGCCGAAGGUGCUGCCGCAACCAGAGCAGGCCAUCAAGUCGCUGCCAACGAGAGAGAAGCCGAGUGCGGUGCCUGCUGCUUUCAAGGCUGAGGAGGAAGGGGGCAGUCCGAAGGUUUUGGCUGCGGAUCCAUUGGGUACGCCAAAAGAGGAGCUGGGGAAGGAGAAUCUGCAGAAGGAAGAUCAGGAUGAAGUCAGUGAGGAGAGGGAAGGAGACAUCUAUGCACAGAAAGCAUUGGCUUGCAGUAUCGAAAACCCAGAAAGCUGUCUGAUGUGCUCUGGCUGA